AUUUCUAUAGAAAUAUUUCAUCACCAUCAUCAUCAACUGGUUCGGCAUUCACAAAAUGGGCUGAAGAAAAAAAAAUCCUGUUUUUCAUCUCGUUCGAUGUGUAUGAAAUCGUUUAUUCGGUCUACAAAUACAAACACAAACACAAACAUACACACACCGAGAAUGUAUGGGUUGUACUUUUGAAUUUUCUUUUUUUUUACAAUUCACCGCGAAAUACAUACGAAUAAUGAUGAUGAUGAUAAUAAUUUAAUCGAGCCAUCGAUCAUCCAAAUCCACCGCGGUUGUUUUGGUGGUGGUGGUGGUGGCCAAAUAUUUUUGUGUGAGCCACGGUGAUCGAAACAACAAAUCCAAAUUGGCCAAUAAUAAUAAUAACAAUUAAUGAAUAGAAUAAGUUACGAGCUGCCAUCUACCGAAAAAAUUAGAUUAAAUCUUGAUUGUAUUCGAAUUUUUAAUUUUUUUUUCUUUAUUGUUUUGUUUACAACGAUUAUAAAAAUGACCAUUAUUUUUUUUCACAUAAAUCUUCAUAUCGGAUUCACCAUCCGAUUCACAAUCAUCAAAAUCAAUGGGUUCGAAAAAAGAUAAAAUAUUACGAACAGUGGCUUGUUCGAAUAAAAAAACUGAAAAAAUAACUCACAAAGAUCCGGAUGCAUCGAUAACAUCAAAAUAUAAACAAAAUAUUGAUCUAAGAAAAUUAAUGUUUAUGCGUAAUUUAUUGAAAGCUGAAAUUGAAACACUACAAAAAACAAAAGGAGCUCUACCAAGUGAUAAUAAUCCCAAUUAUGCGAAAUAUAGUUAUGAUACGAAUAAAUCAUUACAACAACAAUGCGCUAGUGAUUCACAAUUCUAUGAGGCACAAAAUACCGAUUAUCCAGCACAGCCACUUUGUUGUCAAUUAUAUGAUUCAAAAUCAUCUGGUAUUGAAUCAAAUUCUUUAUAUCUUCGUACAAUACGUCAUCUUGGUAAAAAACAUCAAUCAAUCGUACAAACAUGGGAUUUAUUCAUAAAUUCAUCUGGAAAUAUUGAAAUAUUCCAGGAAUAUUGUUCAGCUGGAAAUCUUGAACAAUUUGUAGAGAAUAAUACAUUGAAUGAAAAACAAAUCUCAUUGUAUGCAUGGCAAUUAUUACGUGGAUUAGAUUUCUUGGGUGAUAUUGGUAUCUCACAUCGUGAUAUACAACCACAUAAUAUUAUGUUGCGGCCAGCACAGAAAGAUAAUUUUUUGAAAAUAACAAAUUUCCAUAAAUCAAUCAUUUAUUGGAAUGUAACAGAAAAUGAUGUUAUCUAUGUUCAAUGUGAACCAAAAGAUAAACAAGGUGAUAAAAAUUAUCAAGCACCAGAAAUAUAUGGUGAUCCAUCGAAAGAAGAAUUUGAUCCAAUAAUUGCCGAUACAUGGUCAUAUGGUGCUGUUAUUCAUUUUAUGGGCUCCAAACAAUAUCCAUAUAAUGUUGGUUCGAAAUCAGAUGAUCUGGACAAAGAAAUUGCUGAUAAUGUUGAUAAAUUAAAAUCACUAUCAAAGGAUGGUAAAGAUUUAUUGAAAGCAAUAUUAAAAGCAAAUGCAAGUGAACGAAUGCCUAUUGGUCUUAUUGAGAAAAGUUCAUGGUUCAAUGAUGCUAAAAGGGCUAAACUUAAAAUUUUGGUGGAUAAAAAUGCACCUGUAGCAAAAGGAGGAGCUGGUAAAGUUGCGGAUUUUGGUAAAUCCAAUAUAUUUGCUCGACCAUCUGAAUUUAAAUCAACAGCAUCAACAAAAAAAGAAAAAUCUUCGUCAUCGAAAAAAUCAAUUUCAAAAUCCAAAUCAUUGUCAAGUAAAUCGAAAUCUAAAUCAAAAACAAUGGCUGAUAAUGAUGAUGGUGAAGCUUCGGAUCAAGAAGCAAGUGCUUCUGGCGCAGCAUCAUCUUCAUCUAAAAGCGGCAAAACCUCAGGAAAAGAAGAUGAUGAAGAUGGAGAAAGUGGAUCUGAAGGAGAUGGCAGCAGCGGUAAAGAUGAUGAAGCAUCUGGAUCGCAAUCAAAAUCUGGAACCACAUCAAAAUCAAAAUCAAAAGCUGAUUCAUCAUCAAAGUCAAAAUCCAAAUCUUCUGCAUCAUCUAAAUCAGGAGCGACAUCGGGUGAAGAAAGUGGUUCAGAAGAAGGAGGUGGUAGUGAAAAUGAUGGAAGUGGUAAAGAUGAACAAUCAGGAUCAUCAUCGGCAAAAUCUUCGGCAAAGUCUACAUCUAAAUCUGAUGCAUCAUCAAAGUCAAAAUCCAAAUCUUCUUCAUCCUCAAAAUCAGGAGCAACAUCUGGUGAAGAAAGUGGUUCAGAAGAAGGAGGUAGUGAAAAUGAUGGAAGUGGUAAAGAUGAGCAAUCAGGAUCAUCGGCAAAAGUCAACAUCUAAAUCCGGUGCAUCAUCCAAAUCAAAAUCCAAAUCUUCUUCAUCCUCAAAAUCAGGAGCAACAUCAGGUGAAGAAAGUGGUUCAGAAGA